CUCUCUUACACACAAAUUUACCCUCCAAUAUCGUUUUUUUUUUCCUCUCUCUUUUUCAACUUUCAAUUUUUGUUUCCAAUGGGAAAAUACAUGAAGAAAUCCAAAAUCGCCGGCGACGUCGCAGCCGUAAUCAUGGAAGCUCCAUCACACACCACUACUGUCGGUGUACGGACAAGAGCAAAAACCCUCGCUCUCCAGAAAUCCCCGAUUGCCUCGCCGCAACAUAUGGACUCCUCUUCCUACCUCGAACUUCGCAGUCGCCGCCUCCGUAAACUCCCUCCGCCGCCGCAACCUCGCAGGGAGAACGCCUCUGCCGGAAAUUCGAGACUUCGAGAAUGUUCUGGCAACACGUCGUCGUCCGUUGAAAAAUUGGGGAGUUUUGGUGCUGAAGAGGAGAAUGCUGAUUUAACUGUGGAAGGUUCUUUUGGUGAAAAUUUCUUAGAAAUUGAAGGCAAAGAUAGAAGCACCAGGGAAAGCACACCUUGUAGUUUAAUAAGGGAUUCAAGUGUCAUUCAUACCCCUGGUUCAACGACAAGGCAAAGGACGCAACGAGUAAUUCACGAAAACAUGCAAAGAAAUAUUCCAACAUCUACUGAAAUGGAUGAGUUCUUUGCUUUGGCAGAGAAGCAGCAACAAGCAAAUUUUAUGGAAAAGUACAAUUUUGAUGUAGUUAAUGAUGUACCUCUACCAGGACGGUAUGAAUGGGUCCCUGUACUUAACUAGGACAAGCUUUAACCAGCCAUUUGGAUUUCAAGCAGAGCUAUUAGACUUGUAAUUUAGCAGAGCUAGCAACUUUCACUAACCAUUUAGAUCGCUUGAGAUCUUCUUGUUCAACAUAAGAGAAGGGUUCUACAUAGUUUAGAAGACAUUUCUAAUAUAAGUAAUUUAGAGUUAUUCAAUGUAUUUCUUAUAUGUAGGGGUAGGGGGUAUAUGGAUCUCAGCAUUUUCUUUUCUUUUUUGCUGUUAACUUGUGUCUAUAAUUUAGCAGGGAUUUUUAAUCUUUAAUCAAUGCAGUAACUUAUCCUUUUAUGGCUCACAA